AUGCCUAACUAUGGUCGGUCUGGACGUUGCCUCACAUGCAAACGGCGGCGUGUCAAGUGUGACGAGGCGAGACCGGCCUGCUCACCAUGUCGCCGACUCGGUCUGAAUUGCGGAGGUUACAACAAGAACUACGCCUUCAAGGAUGAGAAUUUCAGAUUCACUGCUCAAGGACUCCGGAAAAGUGUCAACGAGCAGAACGCACUGGUCCAACAUUCAACAGGCGUCGGAGAGCCGAGUCGGUCCCUGCUAACUGGAGCCGACGUCGCCAUACCUUUUUUUCUUCUGAACUAUGCAAGCAUGGGCCGCAGCCUUGCUGUGGGCCGCGGAUUCUACGAGACACUUAUUCCCGUGUACACAUCUCAAUGUCACAACUCGCCACUCUCUCUGGCCAUCUCAGCUGUUGCCGCGGGGAUCUACUCCUUUUGGCGUCACGAAGACGCCGCACAGGAAGAAUCCCAUACGGCGCCCUACUGCCAGGCGGUCGUUUCUCUUCGCUCAGCUCUGGACCACCCAGAUGAACGCGCCAAACCCGCGACUGCCCUCGCCGUCCUGGUGCUACAUUUGUACGAAAGCCUUCACGCGGUAUAUAAUGCCCGACCGGCAAGGCCGGUACACCACCAAGGUGCGCUGUCCCUGCUGCCCGUCGCGGCACUGGACGGCCUGGAUGGUGUGAUAGGCACGCAUGUAAAGGCAUUCGUGCUCCACACUGAGAUAUCGUCAGCAGUGCGUCAAAAACGCUCGAUGCACCCAAAUGCCUACUCGUACGCCACAAGCCCACAUAGCUCUUCUCUUGUGCCAGGGAGCUUCAGCUCGACUCUGGACUCGAUUGGAGCACUUGUUGCAGAGCUGCAAGCGGAUUAUGUGCACCAACUGCCACAUUUACACUCGUCUGGCACCCUUUUAGAGCAGCAGUGCAGAGCAUGGAUUGCACAAGCAGAACAAAUUAAUGACCUGCUGCAGGCUUGGGCGCGCGAUGUGCCCGAUGAUUGGCGGCCUGUAAGACUCACAAGUGUGCAAGACUUUAGCCUGUCAAUCGCAGCAUAUCAAUCUGCUUGUGAAAUCUAUCCCUCUUGCCUGAUCGCGACGUUCUGGAACCUGUGGCGAUUUCACCGCCUCUUACUCCUCCAGAUGACAGCUAGCGCCACACAACACAUUCCCGUGCUUCGAGAUGAGCCUUCCGUGGAAGAAUGUGAAAGUGCCGGAUCCAUCCAAGAACUGGUAGAUGGCAUCUGCUACAGCGUGCCCUUCUGCCUCGGAAACCGAGCGGGGCAAUCCUGCCUGAGCGAUUUUGCAAACCCGGACAUCUCGUUUCCCAGCUACCACUCGCUGGCACCAGGAGAUUCAAGACACAGAGACUGGAAGAGUACCCCGCUGUCAAAGGACGAACACCACCGCCAUAUGGUCGCUUAUGGUGCGUGGCACCUCCUGAGCCCCCUAAGCAACUUGCUGACCCUAGUCUCGGAUGACCAUGGCGGACGUUUUGUGGCGAGAUGUCUGCGACCGGGCCAGUUGCAAUGGAUCCGCGAGCAGUUUCUGCGGACCUGCACCCUGCUCCGUCUGCCUGCAGCCAGGGCUUUCAGCGAGCAGAAGGGUAGGAUUUCGUCGCCACUGCCUUCUGCGGACGACGCCGCAGAGACUCUCGCGAAGCAAGUUAGGAAGGGAGCCAGAUUCAUGAGUGGGCCUUAG